AUGGCACCAACACCGCGCUUCUCCUCCGACAAAGUCACCGUAGUCUUCGUCCUCGGUGGCCCCGGCGCCGGCAAAGGCACACAAUCCGAAAACCUUGUGCGCGACUAUGGCUUCAACCACCUAUCGGCCGGCGACCUGCUACGCGCCGAACAAGUGCGCGAGGGAAGCGAGUACGGCGAAUUGAUCCGCCACCACAUCCGUGAGGGCACAAUCGUACCCAUGGAAGUUACCGUCGCCCUGCUAUCGAACGCAAUGGCCGCCAUCCUCGAACAGAAUAGCUCCAAGACCACACCGGCUCGAUUCUUGAUUGAUGGAUUCCCACGCCAGAUUGAUCAGGCGCAUUUCUUCGAAGAGACUGUUUGCGUGUCUAAAUUGGUUCUGUUUCUGGUCUGUCCUGAGGACGUCAUGCUGGGCCGAUUGUUGAAGCGAGGCGAGACCAGUGGUCGGGACGAUGAUAAUAUCGAGUCGAUCCGCAAAAGAUUCCGCACUUUUGAGCAGACCUCUAUGCCUGUUGUGCAUGAGUUUGAGGCCAAGGGAAAAGUGAUUAGUGUCCAGGCUACGGGGUCAAAGGAGGAGGUCUAUGAGCGCAUUCAGGCUGAGUUGAAGGCCAAGGGUGUUGAUGCUUUGUAG